GGAGGGGUUGGUGUGACUCUUUUUUUUCGCUGCUGGGGGGGUGGAGGGGGUCUGGUAUCUCUCAGUGGUAGUUGGAGAGCUUGAGCGUAUUUACGCACAAACUGUUCUCGGAUACUUUGGAGAGAUCAGCCGGCAUGGCAGCAGAGGAAAUCCUCAACGACUCCUUCCCAGAUUUAAAGGAGCUGGAGUCUAAGAUUGGCAGGAAAACACCGGAGAGUCUUCUGAUCUGGAUGAAGGAUGCUGCGGACUGUGAAGACCAUGAGGCGGACAGAGGAGACCGGAGAUCUGCUGACAGCUUCUCUGACAAAAUCGACAACUUGAAGCAAGAGAUGAGGUGGCUCCGCUCGGCCGACGUGAGGAUUCUCCGUCAGCUGGUGGCCGUGCACGAGGGCAUCGAGGCCAUGCGCUGGCUGAUGGAGGAGAGGGGGGCCUUCGCCAGCCGAGGCAGCAGCUUGACGGGGAGCCUGAGCAGCCUGGUGACCGUGGAGGAGCACUGGCCCUCCAUGUCUCCCUGCAGAGAAAGCCCGAGUCCAACGUGCUUCCAGGAUUUUACCGAAACCAGCAGCGUGGACUCGGCGGACCACCAGCCUCCACCGCACACCGACUCGAACCACAUGAGCUACUUUGACGUUCUCCAUUCAGAGUCCAGUGGAGCGAGACCUCCGAGUCCCGAGAGCUCCGAGUUUAAACUCGGUCGAUCGGCACAGAGGAGCUCCGGUCGGGCGUCAUCAAAUCCUGCCAACAGUUUGGUUUGUGCCGAUGAACCAAAGUCAGAACCGCUGGACUCGGAGGUGCCACAGCGCAUUGAAGGUGGUGCAAACACCAUCAGGAGAGCCCUGCUCAGGUCCAACAAAAGGAAAUCCAGAGUGGAUGCUGGGAGUUUUGUUCGCCCUGGAGAGACAGUUCAGCAAACCCAGGACGGCUUCUCAGAGUCUCCGUCCAAUAAGGAGGCGGAGGAAGCCAGCAGAGAGAAGGCUUUACUGGGCUACGAUGCUCAGUGGUGCUGGGUGGAGUCGCAGGACGACGUGACGUUUUUAUGAUCUCCUAUAAAGCCUUUUAGAUUUAUGAUCUUUGCUUUAAAGCUGUUACCUUAAACAGUGAGCUGCCAGCGAUUUAAAAAGCACUUUGACUCUCAGUGUGUUAGAAUGAGAUGGAUGCUCUCUGAACAAUGUGAUAAAUGUCUGUGUCCAGGUCAGUCAGAGCUUCUGUUUAGGAUGUUUGAUCACUUCUUCAUUUGAUAUUUAAGGAGUUUUAAAGGAGAAUUAACCAAAACCUUCAGUUAGAAUUAUGACCAAUAUUAUGUUGC